AUGUAUCGGGAUCGGAGAAACCCCGUACAUGACAAUGGGACGAACCAAGAUCAAAUUAUUAUCGUGGAAUCGCUGGUAUACUAUUUCAAUGUAUGGGUAGGCGAUCUGGCAGGGCAAGAAGCGAUUCUGGGCAUGGACUUUAUGGUGCCUGCCGGAGUGCGGCUCGAUCUAGCUGAUGGCGCGCUAUGUCUACCGGAAGAAAUCCGUAUCCAUCUCUCAGGACGUCGCCCCGCGUACGGAUCGAAGAUACAACAUGUGAAGUCGAAGGAACAACAUGUGGUUAUCCCGGUCGGAGAGUCAAGAGAAGUGAAGAUCGGGAUAGGAGGGGCUAAGAUGAAGUUGCGGGUCGCUAGAAGACCAGAUUGGGUUCCCACUGUGAUCUCGGGGUUGGGUAAAACGAAAUACCUGCAGAUGACCAACAUUGGCGACCGUGAGAUCAUACUGCCCACCCACACUAUAUUAGGCUUGUGGCCGAAGGCGAUAUGGUACCACGAACUCAAGGUUUUGUAA